CAACUCCCUUCGAUGCUCGGCUGUGGUGUCUCUCUCUGAGUUGUUCGUUGUACUUUUGUACCCCGUCCAUGAACCGCCGUUGAAGAUUCUCAAGGAAAUAUCGCCGCUCACCACAAACUCCCCCCCGACAUCUCUCCAAAGAGCUAUUCCGCUGUGCAGACUUGGCUCAUCGAUACCCUCAUUUUUGCUACUUCCGCUCUCUUCAUCUGUCGCCGGUAGACAUUUCGCCCGCCGCGGAAACUUUCCCAAGGGUCGAUUCAUGGGGCUCGAUUAAAGUACCUUCCAGUGGUUUUGUGUGCUGGAACUGUAAUUAGGCUUGCUUGAAUACCUCGAAAGCUCGAAAGGGGCCCCCCCCAGUCGAAAUUCUACAACUCGGGACACCUUGCCCAAUAUUCGAUGCAAUAAGGACGCUGAGAGUCACCAUAAGCUUCCCUCCAGCGAUCUGGCUGCGAUUUCCUCAUGUCCGCGACUGUCAUGGGUCACUACUCAUCAGAUACACGAGAUCUCUCACCAGAUGCGAUGGCAGCUGCAUACCCCGACCGCCCCAUCCGGCCGAUGCCAAAGCGCCGACUGCGUGAGCGUCUCUCUCCCAAUGUGGCAGACGCCAUCGUAUACCCGCCGACGGCCCCAGCGAUAGCGCCUCUGUUUCACUAUCCUUACCAUGCACCCACAGAGGAAGACCGGUCCCCUAAACCUUAUCCUGUCAAUAGGACACGUGAGGAUGAUGUCGAGCACAACUACAUAUCCAGGCGGAACCUGAAGGAAGUGGAUAGUGACGAGGAAUACACGGAACUAGCCUACCGGAGUCGUUACUCACGCCACUCCCCAGACCCCACAGGCCGAUCGUACCGUUUCGUUCAAAAACCAGAGGCUGCCAAAUAUCCCAAACCUGAUCCGCCAGCAUCCACGACAUCGUCCGCCGACGGGUAUGAUUCUUUCGAGAAUACAAACAACAAGAAGAAAAGGAAGAUACCAACACCUGGCGACGCGAUCUCUAACGGGAUACUACAAGCAAACGACAUGGCGUCCUUAGCUAUAUCAAAUCCCACGACAGAAGAAUCACCUGUCCGUGAAGAAUCCAGUUCCGGCCCCGGGCAAUAUUAUGGCCCGCCUGUCAGCAAUCUCGUCCAGGGCUUGUCUGGCCCAGGACGGGGGCGUUAUGGACGAGUUAGAAGCGCAAGGAGCCCGCUUAGAAGUUUAUCAGAUAGUCCUGCCAACUGGGGUAAUGCCCGUACGCCGCGGCAGAGACAGGCUCCAUGGUCACCGGGCGAACCUGCAGGGAUUAUCUCGACAGCAAUUGCCAAUGCCGAAAGCAAUUCAGCCCCUGUUUCAAGAGGCCAGGAGAACAUGAGUCUUCUUCAAGAACAAGCGGCCCGAAAAUCGAGCUCUACCGCUGCACAGUUUACCUUUACUUGCGACUCCCGAGUCCCUGGCACGGUAGCCUGGCCGAGGCCUCAAGCUCCCCCCCAUGGCUCUAACGGAAGACCGACGAAUACCCACGCAACUCAGACGAGCCCACCGAUUUCGAAUGGAAACCUUCCACAGCAAAACUUUGAUCCGUCGCAAAAUCAACAAUUUAAAGAGAGACAGGGUCCUGUUCCUCCCAAAAAGAACCGCCGAUCGGCAGGGAAGGAGUACCAAAUCGCGGCUCGCCAGCGCCGAGAGCAGCAGGAGCUACAGAAUUAUCACCAUCCUCUAGCACCCGAGGACGAAUGGAUCUGCGAGUUCUGCGAGUACGAGAGAAUCUUCGGCACACCACCGGAAGCUCUCAUCAGGCAAUACGAGAUGAAAGAUCGGCGCAUCCGCAAGCAGGAAGCUGAGAGACGGAGGUUACUGGAGAAGGCGAAGAUGAAGGGCCGCAAGAGCAAGAAAGGGACUAAACCUGGUGCGAAGAACGCGGCAGCUACCCAAGACCGCCAAGCCCAAGGUGGGCGUCACGCAUCGGCCGGUUCAAGCCAUGCACCUCACGGUUCAGGCGAGAGGUACUAUUAUAAUGAUGAUGAUUAUGACGGUUAUGCACAAGAUGACCAGCCAGCGUCUCCGACUUACCCACUGCCUACAGUUGCGCAGCACAAAGCGACUCAAAACCAGGACGUGAAACAUACCAACGUUCAGGGCGGCGCAGGGAACUCGGAGGCACUGGCUAGCUAGCACAACGCCACCCACACCCGCACUACCUCUUGUUGAGAUAUCAACUUGAGAGUGCAGGAUACCAUCUCAUUUUGUCAGGAGUUCAUCGUUAUCCCCCAGCACAGCACAUUGCAUCACCAGGCGCCUUUUCCUUGUCACCAGCAGCAUUUUCGCACAGCAUUCGAUUUCCCGGCGCUCUUUACCUUUCAUGGGCAUUGCAUAGAGAGGGGCCUGAUUGUUUCACUGAGCCCGCUGUAUCGGGUCCCACGAACAUACGAUUUCUUGGUCCUUCCUUCUCGCCUUGUACAACAUAUUAUUAUUACCACCAACCAACCUAUUUACUCUCCUCGACCGCCGCCAUCGCGCUGGCGGUGCGACAGAACUGGUCUAGAUCCGACCUCUCGGAACACCUCCACUCUUAAUAGCGCAAACACACAGCAGCUCGAACACUUUACAAUACGCCUCGCUCACUGACAGUGUUCUGAGAUUCAACAUUGCUUUCUUUCCACGACAGUUUGACAGAUAGCAUUGAUUACAACCGUUCGAAUAUGAUGUCUUGGAUGAUAUCUCUUACACCACUAUCGCAGAAAACCGACCCUUUUUUCGGAUAGGAGAUAUCCAACUCGUCUUGCAUACAGCAGCUCCUCCUCGUUUGGGUGUUGGAAUACAGGGAGGGGUUCUUGGACAGCACGCACGGCUGUUUGUUGGUGUGUUGGAUUAGUACUGUUACUUUCUACGACUACUCAUUGUUCUUGGAUCGUGGGCUGAGGCUUGCGUAUCUCGCACUGUUGUUAGUUAGUUGUAGAGUGUUGGAGUGAAUUCAGAGGAGAGUGU